GUGAUGCAAUCCGCGGAAGCGAAGGAGAGGACACGAGGGCGGCAGGAAGGAAGGGAGGGAAGAGAGGACGGAGGAAUUGUUGCUCCUGAGGAUCCAGCUCUCCAGGAAUGUGCUGACGGUCAUGUCCCACACAGUCUGGGAAGAGGAUUGCAUUCUGGGAGGCUCUGCGGAGGCUGGAGGCCCAAAUCCACCCUCACGCCCGCAGCAGUGGAGAUCUAUUUCGGUGCGAGCUACACAACGUCCACAAGCACCCACACAGGCUCGGUGGGUAAGGUGAUUGGUAAGCCCGAACAAAUAGUCUAUUUAUGAGCAUCACAAGAGUGGGCGGUCGUCCUUGAGCUGGUUUCUCUGUGUCUGAAGUGCUAAGUGCUGUAUACGGUUACAAUAGAUAGAACAUGCACAAGGACGAGUGAAGGUGGGGAGAGUGGGUGAGGGAGGAAGAGGGGGGCAGAGCGACAGAGCACUGGGAAUAGAGAUGGUGAGUCAGAGGCCAUUUGGAAAGUAAUUUCAUCUCUGAAUGCCGUAUAUCUUUUCAUCAAUGAAAGGAAAGUAUUUUCCGAACCAGAAGAGAAAGAAAAAAACCAAACUCAGUUUGGUGAAAUGGAGCCUGAGGACGGAUACCAUUCUCACGUUAUUCUUGCACUAUAUUUAUUUUCAUGGAGGUGGAGUUGUUUGUUACAGUACACUGAAAGUGAAGUGAAGCUUGGAGUCGACAGCACAUCUUGGCUGCUCCGCGAGGCAGUGCGAAUGUUAGCACGCUAACGUGUUCCAAAAACCCACAAUGCUAACAUGCUGAGCGUUUACCAUUGUCGCCAUUUUGUUUAGCAUGUUAGCACGGUGACAUUUGCUAAUCGGUUUUGCAAGUACUUUGUCAUAACCUGAUGGUGGCGUGAGACAAGAAGUCAGAAAAUCACCAACGUCAUUCAGAUGAAUCCUCUGGACAACAUCAUCAUCUGUAACCAAACAUGCUAGGGCAGCUGCAUUUUUUCAUAUAUUUGGUUGUGUGUGUGACCGUCUGCAAUUACUGCAAUUUCUCAUCAACCAAAGAGAAUUUCCACAUUAUGGUCCUAGGAUUAUGCUGCAAUUUUUUGUGAAUCAUUGGUUUUUCUCUUAUAUCCUCAUGUCACAUUGAGGUUUUAGGGGUUCCAGUGGUAUUCUGGACUGACUCAAUGUGGUGUGGCAUCCGGCCAAAGCGGAAAAGAGAAAAGGGGAAAGAAGAGUUAGGUUGAAGUGUUAGGAGAGACUACCAGAGACCAGUGCUGUGUGUAUCCUGGCACGGCAACCUUGGCCUUGACAGGACAGCACAAACAUGUACAAUAUUUGACUGCUGUCCAAUUUCUACAUCACAUAAACAUGGGUGGAGAUUCAUGUCCAUUAACCAGAACAACUAAAACCACUCUCCAAAUCUGCAUAAAAUCAAUAAAGUGCAUCCUAGUGUCAACGUAGGAACAUGCCAUUGAUAAAAAAAACAACAACAGUGCAGAUUCCUGUUGAAAGAAUUAAGAGCAACUAAAUUCAUGAAAGAUGUUCAUGACCACGUUCACUGACUGGAGGGGAAGAGAAAGACACCACAGAAUACUGAGUUGGACUGGUUUGUGAUCGGUCUGGCAUCAGCUCUGAGGUUCUAUGUGCGAGCACAAAGGGAAUGCUGCGGUUAUUCUUGGACCGCCACUGUCUGCUCUUCCAUGUACUGUGAUGUUGUAGUGUUUACCAUCACUGGUUCUGUUCAUCUGCUGGGAUUAUGAGUCAGCCCUCUUGAGGAGCCGUGAAGAGGUCACGCAAGGACACCGACUGACUAACCUGCCCCUCGCUGCAUCCAAAUUACAGUGUUUGUGCGACUCCAGCACACAAACCGAGCCUGGACACAACCGUCGCCACAAAACUCUUGUUUUCUUUGCCGUGUGUGUGCGUGUGUGUGCUCUGUAGCCUCAAAUUAAAACCGGCCUUGGGUUUAGAGUUUAACUUUUCCUCUCACACAGUGCAAGGUUUUGUCAUGUUGUUUGUGCGCUGUGGAACGUCAGCACGGGUAUUUUCGGUCGUGUGGAGGAGUCUACCCAUAGCACAGCAAACAGGGCAGAAUGUUAUGUUUGCUGAGGGCAUCACCUUUUCAGCUGAGCAUUUGAGUUUCUUCUUCUUCGCUGACAACGUGAUGAUGUAUCCACGGGAAUUGAAUUUGUUACCAGACAACCUGGCUAUCAAGCGCGCCAUGUACUGGCAUCAUCUCGACUGCAGUCGACUUCGAGAUCCACGUUCAUUCUCCCCGGCUGAACUUCUGAAAAACACGAAAUGCCCCGCAGUCAUUUUGAAAAGUCAACCAACCAGUAUCACCGCUGAAAGUAGAUUAAAACAGGCAUGUUUCUGAAAUGACUUUGACCUUUUGUUAUUUCAGUGAUGCAGCAUACGUUCAUCCCCUUGAUUACACAUGUCAGCCGGGGAUGACAUGUCGCAACCUCACAUCUGUUUCUCUGCCAUAUCUUCACUCUGACAAAGCAUCAUGUGACAACACAAACCACGACUGGGGUUUAAUAUUUGCCAUUGACAUUAGUCAGAGCCAGACCCCGCUGAACUUUUUAUAUGUCACGGUACAGUAUGCGGUGAGGGAACAUUUUAAAUUUGACCCAAGGAGGUCAUAACUGCAAUGAUGAAUGAAGCUUUUUAUCAUUUUGGUAAAGCAGUUUCUAUGAGCCAACUUUUAUAGAGUCCUUUAUUCAGAAAUGAAAAAAAAACUUCUGCACUACUGUGUCUAAAGUGAAAAAUGUUUUCCUUCCUCUAACUUCAGUCAUAUCAGAAGUUAUAUUAAUGGCAACAUACUGAGAAUCAAUUUGUAUGACUUGUCUCAUUAAUUUGCAUAUAGUAAUCCAGUAUUCCAUUAAACUCUAGGCUUAUUUGCAUGGUAAUAAUUUACAUCAUAUUAAUAUCUAUGCAAAUACUUGAUGAUUCCUAUGAGCAUACAAGUUACAGAUCAUUACAUCUGCAGAUGUUGUGUCUUUGAUAUCAAGAUCAACCAGGAAGGACCGGUUUUAUGAAAAGGGUUAUCUUUAAAAUAUGGUAUUGUUUGUGUGUGCAUGUGUGCAUGUGUGUGUGUGUGUGUGUGUGUGUGUGUGUGGCAGAGGAGCACUGUAUUGAAAGCCAGGCGAACACAGUGUUCCAGGUCAGAGCUGAAGUCUGCACAGCUUUCGGCCCAGAGAGCAGCAUGAGUCACCGGAACAGAGCAGAGUGCUAGCUUGCAGAAUUCAUUAAGACAAAUGUAAGGUAUAUGGAUUUCCUCUGAAAGGAAAAAAAAAAAGGAAAAAGAAACCUUGGCAGCCGCAGAACAGCACCCCAGUGAAUCCUCAAGUAGCUUUCCACACACCUUUGGAAUGACAGCAUGCUUUUUGAAACUAUGUUGAUGAUUUAUGCUGGUCUGAAUGUAAAUGAAUUAGCUUAAAUCCUUCACCGUGUUGGCCUAUUUUUCUUUAAAAUAUUUUUGGAACCACUCUGAUACAACUACAACAGACCUUACUACAUACAAUAGGUAGUUACUAAAGCAGCUGGUUUCAUACAUAAUGAGUACCAGCUGGAAUGAGAGUAGAAAAUGAUCAUGCUGGAAAAAAUGCAAAUAUGGGUGUUAAAGAUGCAUGUUAAUCUGUUUUUUAAAUCACCACUAGCUGUUUACAUGUUAAUCCCUCUGUACAAUGGCGCCCCCUUGCGGUGGCGAGGCAGACAUAAACACUAGUGCUAGAGUUACGGUAACGCCAUUACAUUAGAAAACCACGAUUUAAAUUUAAAAAAUAAUGCAAAGGUGGCUAUAUACAUGUACCCUGUUUAACAUGUUCACAAUACAACUUUAGGUGCUUCCUUUGAGCUUGAUAAAGGAGGUGAAACUGAGUUUUUUCUUGAAAUAAAAUCCUAAUUACAUCAUUACGUGUCACGAUAGACGUGCAAGCCAUUAUUGCUCAACGGUUAAAUAACGGUUGGUGGAACUGAUAGUAUUGUGGAAAUAAAUUAGGCAAAAUCAAGUGCUAGCUAGUUAAACUAGCUUCACCGUAAAGACUCAAACGUUUACUUUAUUAUCAAAGGCACUAUUUUAACAGGGGAUACCGUUUUUAAACUAAAACUAAACUGACCCAGGACCAGCAAUUGUGUUUUACUUUAGACGUGACCAAAAACAGAGGACUGACACCGAGUCAGUCACUUCGGCACCGGAUGUCGCCGAGUGCCGUUUUUCGGGAGUGAUUUCUACAGGAAAUACCUUCCGCUGUGGAGAGCAUUUGUGAAGGGCUGCCAUUUUACCGACCUUACGCAGCACAAAUGAAUUAUGGAGGUCAAAGUGGUCCAGCUCACCUCUAAGUCCCACCAUGAAAACAUCCUGUCCUCCCUGCACCAGCUGAGGCUGCAGGGACAGCUAAACGAUGUAACCGUGCAGGUAGACUACCAGGGAGAUAUGAAGGAGUUUCAGGCCCAUCAGUUGAUGCUCGCAGCAUCCAGCGGCUACUUCAAGAAGAUCCUGCUCUCUGAGGAUGCUACCCGAGACAAAGUGUUGCUCUCCAAUAUGCACUCCAGUGACUUCUCCAAGUUUUUGGAAUUUGUGUACACCGGUAAAGUCGAAGUGGUCAGAGACAAGGUUGGCGACGUUCAAGCACUCGCACAACUUUUGGACUGUGAGGAUCUGUCGGAGGUUUGUGCUGAGGCCAUGAGUGCUGGAAUCCUACCAAAGACUACAAAGAAAAAAUGUGCACCAAAAGUUGCAAGUGAAGGUGAAAAAAGGACCCGAGGGAAGAAGCAGCCCAAAAACGUAGGUCUUAAGCGGCGGCUCUCUCCACAGAGCUCUGAGAAAGAAGUAAUUCCCAAAAAAUUAAAGGCAAAGAGCGCAGCGAAGGAUGAAAAACGACAAGGACGAACCCUAAAACCGAGGGUGGCUGGCCGUAAAGUCCUUCAGAGGCGUUUGAAUACUAAAAGAGAGGCUAACCAUUGCAAUGAAAACCAAGUCACCAAUGAAGACACAGACGAGACGGAGGACAGGACUGACACGGAGGCUCUGGCAGAGAAAAGACACGUGUCUUCAUUUGCAGUGCCAGUCUCUGAUGUGGAUGAUUGGGAAUGUGAGGACGAUGUGCAGAGUAGUGAUGCCGAAGACUCCUUAUUUUUAUCUCUGGGGGAGGAAGAGGAAGAGGAGGAGGAGGAGGAGGAGCAGGAUGACGACGACGACGACGACGACAAUGAGGGACAGUCCAAGAAGACACCAAAAAGUACCUCCAAGGCCCAGUUCCAGUGUAACAAGUGCCAAAGGACCUUCCACUAUGAGAGAAGCUACUUGAAGCACAUCAGUACGUACCACGGAGUGAAAGCGGACAUCAUCUACCGCUGUGAGACCUGCCAGCAGACCUUCGCUAACCGCAGCAAUCUGAAGAUCCAUGAAAAGCACGUCCACAGCAGCGAGAGGCUGUUUGCCUGCGAAAUCUGUGCAAAGACCUUCAAACGAAAGAAGGAUGUUGUCCGCCAUCAAAGACAGGUGCAUGAACGCAACAACCUGCGACACGUCUGCCCCGACUGUGGAAAGGCGCUCAGCUCCAAAACCGCCCUGUUGUUGCACGAGAGGACACACACGGGUGCGAAGCCUUUCGAGUGCACCGACUGCGCGGCCAGAUUUUCCCAGAACUCUGCCCUGAAGAUGCACCGCAGGACUCACACAGGAGAGAAGCCAUUUGCAUGUGACGAGUGCGAAGCCCGCUUCACUCAGAAGCACAUGUUGGCCUAUCAUAAGCGCUCACACACAGGUGAGAGGCCCUUCAUGUGUGAGGCCUGCGGGAAAAGCUUUGCAUCUAAAGAAUACCUGAGGCACCACUCAAACAUCCACACCGGGUCCAAGCCAUACAAGUGCGAGCAGUGUGGCCGAGGCUUCGCUCAGAGGAAUUCCCUCCACCAGCAUUUAAAGACACACACGGGCGAGCGUCCGUACAGCUGUAAAGACUGCGACAAGCACUUCACCCAGCUCAACGCCCUGCAGAGGCACCAGCGCAUUCACACGGGAGAGAAGCCAUACAUGUGUGGUCUCUGUAGACGCACCUUUACAGACAAGUCCACCCUCCGCAGGCACACUAUGAUUCAUGACUCAGAUGCUCCCUGGAAAACCUACCUUGUGGUGCUGGAGGGAAAUGUGGAAGACAAGAAACCCAAAACUCCAACUAAGGGAAAGACAGAAAAAGCACGAGGGAGGGAGAGAAAGAGCACGGCUAGAAGAAGUGCCACUGGUACUGCUGCUGGUACUGCUGACGGGCCUGAUAAAACCCACACUAACUCCUUGGUGCAGUCUGAACCAGUCACCCUACCUUCUGAAUGGACCAGUCAGGGGGCCAUUGCUCUGGUCAGCCACGGCGCCCUCAGCGGGAUCACCGUCUACCACACUGAGAUGCCACUCGGGACCCAGAUCCAGCCCAUCGUGACCACCGACAGCACCGGGGCCAGCGUCAUCUCCUUGGAUGGAUCGGCCAUCCCCGUCCCCUUCUCGAUACCGGUGUCCUUGGCUCACACUAUCCCCUUGUGCUCCGAAGGUUCCUCCACCUCGCUCUCUUUACCCACUCUCUCUCUUCCUGUUUCCGACGGCAAGUUGUCGUCGGUCUCCGAGAUCCAAAUCGUUUCCACGUCGUCCGUCCUGGAAGCCGCUGCCUCACAGACCAUUUUGGCUCUAGUUGCAGAGACUAAGACAGCUUCUGUUCUGCAGCCGGAUAUUCAGACUGUGAUUGUCGGCGACGAGGUUUGUGGAACAGAACGAACAGCUGCCGUCCCAAGUGAUGGAGAGCAGAGGACAGCAGAUGAUUUAGGCGAGCCUAAAGGGGCCUCAGCUCGAGAUGCGGCGUAGAAAAUGCAUGUGAACAGAGAUAAUUUAAUCUGAGUUUGGAUUUAAAAUCCUAUUUCAACGCAGCUCUUCAUGUUAUAUAUACUUUGGCAUUAGCAGUGUGUGUGAAUGUGUGGUCUGACCACGUGGUGUUUCAUCAGUACUAUGAUCAAAAGUCCAGUAUUUCUCACACUCUUUUGGAACGGGAAGGUGUGCAUUAAAAAUCCAUGCAUUAUUUUUGUUUUAUGUGAUAAAACUAAAAUAUGAUUACGGUAUUGGUGUGAUUCAUUUUCUUCAAAUUCAUAGGGUGAAAUGUGGCACACAUCAUAGUGAACACAAAUGUUAUUUUACCAAUCUCACUAAUAGCAGACAUCUGUUCCCCUCAGAAUAAGUGUUGCAGGAGCUCCAUGUUCAGUAGGAUGCUCUGGGAACUUUUGGCAGCUGCACCUCAGUGGAUCUUCAAGCACCUUUCACUACACCUUUGGAAUAAUACCGGCAUACUCUUUGCAACUCUGGAUGUAAAUGAAGUUGUGUAAAUCCUUAAAAGAUUCUUACACCAUCUGUCUUUGGGAACCAUAUCCAAAAUCUUAAUUAGUUACCAUCAAACAAAUGCACACUUGCUGAGAGUGAAGGGUGAUGCUACUCCGGUCAAUAGCGGCGUGAGAGCGCGAGAGGAAAUGCUCACUAAACAUAAUGUCGACAUUAGAUCACUUGUGUAAGGACAUGGUCACAGAGUAGACGGAGGGAUUUAUCUGAUUGAUCCAAACCAUGUCCUCCAAUCAAACGCUCAUGUUUAAGUGUCGGGUUGCUGUGUGACAGGGAGGCAGAUUUACAGCAGCGAAUGAAAGAUCAAUACAACUAAUAUUGUAUCUAUUAGUAAUACAUUCACCUUCAAAUACAUUUAAAACUUAAAAUACUAAUUAUUGAAGUAGUCACUUUCUUACCCAUCUCAUUUUCCACUCCUACAAUAAGAGACAAACACGUGACAAGCUAAAUAUUGAGGUUUUUGUACCCAUUUUUUUUACCAAUCAGACUCAAAGUAAGAAGUCCCUCACGACAUUCUGGUGAAGAUAGUAAAAGCUUAUUAAAUAUAACAUUGCUGUUUGAUAGGUACGGUCAAAGGCAGGAGAGCAGAGCCGGGAAUAUAAUAUCUUUAUUAUUGUCCAUUCGCACUAGCAUACAGAUCAUAUCCACUGUCAUUCCAUCAGGAAGAAGCUGGAUACGCAGGGUGACGGACCCUUUAGUAAAAACUUUGGUCUGGCUCACACUAGUGAAUGUAACAACGCUAAUCUAUACACAAUGACAUGCUUAGCGACUGGCCAUUAGGAAGGCGUACUGCAGUAGUUAAACCUUCAAUGAUACGUUCACGACACGGCACGAGAUGAGUGACUAAUGAUGCCCGUUACCCCAAGAUCACUGCCCUGGAAAUAAGCAGCACAGGUUUCCAUGUCAGUGCUUUUCACUCAAAAAUACUCCCUCACAGGCAAACUAUAAAUCACACCUUACAGGCUCACACAUUCAAAGUAUUAUUACAUCAAUGAAUCCUAAAGUGAGUGUAAGUUUGAAU